UAAAAAUGCCCGGACGCUAACAUGCUUCCGGGAUGCGGUUGAAGCUCUGGACGAGGCUAUCAUUUUCGCGCCUCCUCACUGUAAUCUGAACCAUUUCGUUCUCCGAUUCAUAAAAAUAUGGCGGCUAACUCGAAGUGGGCCAGAUUCUUGGAGAAAAGUCAACUAGGGGGUGUCAUUUUUGGAUGCACUAAUAACACAAUGGAAGAAUGUCUAACCAGUCAACUCUUUGGCCUUCCAGCUAAGCACUUUAAAUACGUUCAAAACAUCGAGCCGGGUUUGCCUCUUUUUUUGUUCAACUACAGUGAUAGAAAACUUCAUGGUAUCUAUGAAGCCGUUAGCUCGGGCCAAUUGAAUAUCAAUCAAUAUGCUUGGACGGCAGGUGGUCCGGACAAAACAAAGUUUCCAGCUCAGGUUCAGGUCCGCGUGCGAACGAAAUGUGAAGCCCUUCCCGAGCAUCAAUUCAAGCCAAUAAUCGCUAAUAACUAUUACAAUCAAGUUCAUUUUAGGUUUGAGCUGGAUCAUGCACAAACAACCAAGUUGCUGUCCAAAAUGUCUCCUUCUGCUGUUAGCCCGAGUCAGGCCCCAACACCUAAAAAGGCACAAAAAUGGACGCCUGUUGUAAAGUCUUCUCCCUCAAAAAACAAAAGAGAGGAAAGUGGAGCUUGUGAGCCAUCAUCACUUCCAAAAGAGGAUGGUGCAAACUAUGCCACUUCAGAUGAUUCUCAGACUUUGAAUGAGAUGAAUAACCAAUUGAAAGAGCCAUCGCCUUGUGAUCAAAAUUAUGAAACGAUACAGAAUUAUGAUGAAAAGGACCUUUUAUACAUAAAAUUAAAAGAACUAGCUUUGAGUGGUGAGCUUUCAGAUGCUAUUAUGAUGGGAGAUGUUGUAGAAGGUGCAUGCAUGGAGAAUGCGGACCUGGAGCAUGAAAAGCAUGAUGAUGCUGUUGCAAAUUUGGGAAAGUGGAAGGGUGGAAGUACUUUGAGUUCUCUAGAUUAUCCAGUUAUCAUCUCACAGCUGUGGGGGGAAAUAGAAGAGUUAAAGUCUUUCAAGCAACAGCAAGCUUUGGAGAUCAAAAGUUGGAAAAAAAAGCUGGUUGAGGCACAACAAAAGAUUGAUCAACUGGAGAAUAGAUGUAUGAUAUUGGAAUCUGUAUCCAAUUCCUCUUCAACCAUUUCUAGCAAUGAAGCUCUUGUUGGACACAAUGCUAUAAAGUCGAGUUUAAAUGAGUCAAUAUUCAUAUUGGGAGGAUAUGACGGUGUAUCAUGGUCAGCAGCUCUGAAUUCGGUCUCACCUACAUGUGAUGUUUUGAAGUUUCAUAAGCCAAUGUCCGCAGUUCGAGGAAAUGCCUCAGUUGCUCGGUUACAUGGAGAGCUUUAUGUUUUUGGUGGGGGGACAGAUUCAUUGUGGUAUGAUACUGUUGAAUCAUACAAUGUUGUGGACGAUCAAUGGACUGCACGUCCCUCGCUAACUACGAAAAAGAAAUGCUUAGCUGUUGCUGCUCUGGGUGACAAGUUUUAUUUAGUUGGUGGUGGAAGUGAAGUGGAGUGUUUGUCGGAAGUUGAAAUGUUUGACCCAAGUGUCGGGAUAUGGGUUUCGGCUCGGCCAAUGUUGGAAAAGAGAUUUGCUGUAGCCGCCGUGGAAUGUCAUGGUGCAGUCUAUGCUGUGGGUGGAUUUGAUGGAAAUGACUAUUUGAAAUCUGCAGAAAGAUUUGAUCCUAGGGAGCCUUCUUGGACGAGAAUCAGCAGCAUGAAUAUGAAAAGAGGCGGCCACUCAUUGGUGGUGUUGAAUGAAAAACUAUAUGCCAUUGGUGGUCAUGAUGGGGAAACAAUGGUGCCAAGUGUCGAGAUAUACGAUGUUCGAAUGGGGACUUGGACAGCCGGGGAAUCUCUGAACCAAGGCAGAGCAUAUUUAGCUGCUGCGGUUCUUAAAAACUCCAUUUAUGUUAUUGGAGGGCUUAAAGCCGGUCCAUCCAUAAUUGACUCCAUUGAGUGUUACAAGGAAGGUCAAGGUAGGCGAGAAACAAACUUGAAGUCGGUAGGGAAUAUAUGCUACACAUCUGCUGUUGUUUUAGGAGAUGAUUAGGGGAAAAGUUUAGUAUUGUACAUUUUUUUGUAAGUGAUGAGGAUGAAAUCCCAUUUGUCCCUUGUUUGGGAAGUGAAUUUUGUCGAAAGAAACCAAAGAUGGAGCUUUUACCUGCUCCCUUUUUGCUGGGUUUGCUUUUGAAAUGUGCAGAAAGAAACUGUAAUGACCUGUAAAUGCUGUGGCUUUUACUGCAGAUUUUGCUGUUCGGAGUAAGAACUAAGAAGAGGGUUUUGUUAUAUAUUCGUGCUAUCGUAAGGUUUUCUGUUGAUAAAUUUACGAACCCUGUGAUCGGUUUCCAUUUUUUGUGGGUUUUAAAUUUCUGUCGUAUUUUUUAUGGGAAUCUGUCGCGUUAGUAAUUUGAUUGAAUUGGC